AUGGAUCUUGUCAUUGUGAAUAUCACUAGCAUUCUGGCUUUCUUGAUUUUCUUUCCAGUGACGACGAAAGGUCAACCAAAGACUAUUGACGCACUUGGUAAAGGCAUAGAGAGAAAUGCUCACACUGGUGUCGCUUUUGCCAGGUUUAAAGCGCACAAACUUUCCUACCUGAAUAUAACAGCACUUGUGACAGACUAUGUCCACAGCAGUAGAGAAUGUGGACUUGCUUGUAUAAACACACCCUCGUGCUUUUCUUUCAACCUGGCUGCCAACAUCGAUUUGAACAGGAAAAUCCUAUGUGAACUGCUUCGCUCGGACAUCUUCAACAAUUCGGACAAGCUGGUUGCCAAUAGCCUCUUUCAUCAUUUCAGCAUCUGGUCUCCAUGCCUAAACAAGCCAUGUCAAAACAAAGGCACCUGCCGUUCAAAUUACCAGAGGAAUAGUUAUGUGUGUGUUUGCGCGGAGGGAUACACAGGAAGUAACUGCGAAACAGAUAUCGAUGAUUGCGCGAACCGUCCUUGCCGUAACAAUGGGACCUGCUCUGACCAUGUUGGUGGCUUCAGGUGCACUUGUCCAAAAGGUUUUGGUGGGCUCCAAUGUGAAAUAGUCCCCAAAGUGGAAGUCAGUCGCUCUUGUGACAAAUCACCCGUCUGGCAGUUCCCUAAUGGGGAUGUUGUCAUAGAGACGAAUCAGAUAGGGACAAAGUACGAUAACAAUAUGGACUGCCGUUGGAGUAUAUCUUCGAAUGCGAGAAUAGAACUCUCCUUUCCUGUUUUCGAAAUGGAAAAUGGGCCCGAUUUUGUGAACGUUUAUGACGGUGAAUCAUACUCUGCUCCUCAGAUUCGUCGAUUUACUGGAGCAUCUCUUCCUUCCCCAGUAACAAGUUCGUCCAGCAAACUUUGCCUUCAGUUUAGAACCGAUCAUUCAGUUGCUUUGUUUGGAUUUCGUGCACGUGUCCGAGCUUUAGCAGAUGGUGCAUUGCGUAUAGCUGGUACUGGUAAUGAUCCAUUCACGGGAAGGAUGGAGGUCUUUUUUAAUAAUCAGUGGGGGACAAUUUGUGACAAUGGGUGGAAUAUCGAUGCUGGCCUGGUGGCUUGCAAGCAACUUGGCUUCGACAGUGUUUCCCAAGUCUUUAGCGGUGCCAGUCAUGGCCAAGGAACCGGUCCAAUAUGGAUAAAUGACUUGGCUUGCUUUGGAAAUGAGUCGUCGAUAUCCAGUUGUGGACACAGUGGAUGGGGUAACCAUGAAAACUGUACUCAUAGUCAAGAUGCCAGUGUAACGUGUUCAUAUGACUCUCUUCCAAUUCGUUUGGUAAAUGGUGGGGCGAGGUACGGUCGUGUUGAAGUGUUUGACGGAGGGGUCUGGGGAACAAUUUGCGAUGAUACAUGGGAUAUGAAUGAUGCAAACGUGACAUGUCGGCAGCUUGGCUUCACUGGAGCUUCCUCUGUCAGCGUCAGUGCAGCAGACGGUCAAGGAUCGGGUCUCAUAUGGAAAGAUCACAUAAACUGCGUGGGAUCAGAGAGCUCAUUACUUCAGUGUCCCUUCACCCAGGAAGGAUUUAACCACUGCAAUCACGGCGAAGACUCAGGCGUGCUUUGCUGUCAACCAAAGACUAUUGACGCACUUGGUAAAGGCAUAGAGAGAAAUGCUCACACAGGUGUCACUUUUGCCAGAUUUCAAGGGCACAUACUGUCCUACCUGAACAUAACAGCACUUGGAGUAGACUAUGUUCACAGCAGUGUGGAUUGUGGACUUGCUUGUAUUAGCACACCCUCGUGCCUUUCUUUCAACCUGGCUGCCGUUAUCGAAAUGAAUAGUAAAAUCCUAUGUGAACUGCUUCCCUCGGACAUCUUCAACAACUCGGACAAGCUGGUUGCCAAUCAUCUUUUUCAUCAUUUCAGCAUCUGGUCUCCGUGCUUAAACAAGCCAUGUCAAAACAACGGCAGCUGCCGUUCAAAUUACGAGAGGGACAGUUACGUGUGUGUCUGCACGGAAAAGUACACGGGAAGUAACUGCGAAACACACAUUGAUGGCUGCGCGAAACAUCCUUGCAGUAAUAAUGGAACCUGUUCUGACCAUGUUGAUGGCUUCAAGUGCAUUUGUCCAGCAGGUUUUGAAGGAUCCCGAUGUGAAAUAGUCACAGUGGCAGUUAAUCGUUCCUGUGAGAACUCAACAGUUUGGCCACUCCUUAAUGGGGAUGUUAUCAUCGAGUCGAAUCAGAUUGGAUCUUCCUACCAUGAUGAUAUGGACUGCCACUGGAAGCUAUCUUCAAAUACACGAAUAGAACUUGUCUUUAUUCAUUUCGAUCUGGAAGCAAAGCACGAUUAUGUGGAAAUUUACGACGGUGGAUCACUCUCCGCUCCUUUGAUUGAUCGAAUUAAUGGAUCAUCCACUCCUUCCCCGGUUACAAGUUCGUCCAAAAAACUUUUCCUACGGUUUAAAACCGAUCAUUCAGUAAUUAGAACUGGAUUUCGUGCACGUUUCCGAGCUUUAACAGAUGGUGCACUGCGUAUAGCCGGUCACAACGCAUCCAGUGGAAGGAUAGAAGUCUUUUUUGAUAAUCAGUGGGGCACAGUUUGUGACAAUGGAUGGGACAUCGACGAUGCCCUGGUGUCGUGCAAGCAAAUUGGCUUCGACCGGGCUUCCCAAGCCUUUAGUGGUGCCAGUCAUGGCCUAGGAAUCGGUCCAAUAUGGAUGAAUGACGUAGCUUGCUUUGGAAAUGAGUCUUUGAUCUCCGGCUGUGGACACGGAGGAUGGGGUACACAUGAAAACUGUACUCAUAGUCAAGAUGCUAGUGUAACAUGUUCAUAUGAUUCUCUUCCAAUUCGUUUGGUGAAUGGUGGGGCGAGGUACGGUCGUGUUGAAGUGUUCCAUAACGGGCUCUGGGGAACAAUUUGCGAUGUUUCAUGGGAUAUGAAUGAUGCAAACGUGGCGUGUCGGCAGCUUAACUUCACCGGAGCUUCCUAUGUUAACGUUAGUGCAACAUACGGUCAAGGAUCGGGUCCCAUAUGGAGAGAUCGCAUCAACUGCCAAGGAUCAGAGAGCUCACUAUUUGAUUGUCCAUUCACCCAGGAAGGAUUUGGCUACUGCAGUCACAGCCAAGAUUCAGCCGUAGUUUGUUAUUAG